CACCGAAAAGCAAACAAACGCCGAGCAGCCGAGCAGCUACCUCACUGACACAGUGACACUGCCUCACUCGAUCGCGCGGCUGACGUGAUGGACUUGCCCGGGGCCGUCCGCUCCCUGUCCAUCCUCCUCCCGAUUCUCAUGGCCGCCGCCAUCACCGUGGCCGCUGCCGCCGCGGCGCCGGCACCACCUUCGCCGUUCCGGACGGUGUACGCGUUCGGCGACUCGUUCACGGACACGGGCAACACGCACUCAACGACCGGCCCCUACUCCUUCGGCUACGUCUCCCACGCGCCGUACGGCGCCACCUUCUUCCACCGCUCCACCAACCGCUACUCCGACGGCCGCCUCGUCGUGGACUUCCUCGCCGCCGACGCCCUCCGCCUCCCCUCCUUCCUCCCGCCCUACCUCUCCACCCUCUCCUCCAACUCCGCCGCCGCAAACGCCACCAACAACCCCGGCGGCUCGGUCAACUUCGCGGUGGCCGGCGCGACGGCCAUCGAGCACGAGUGGUUCGUCAAGAACAACCUCAGCUUCGACAUCACGCCGCAGUCCAUCAUGACGGAGCUCGGCUGGUUCGACGCGCACCUCAAGGCCCGGCGGAUCGCCCAGAAGGACGUGGGCGAGGCGCUGUUCUGGGUGGGGGAGAUCGGGGCCAACGACUACGCCUACAGCUUCAUCGACGCCGCCACCAUCCCGCGCAAGCUCAUCCGGACCAUGGCCGUCGACAGGGUCACAAACUUCCUCGAGGGUCUGCUGAAGAGAGGGGCGAAGUACGUGGUCGUGCAGGGGCUGCCGCUCACGGGCUGCCUGACGAUGGCCAUGACGCUCGCCAAGCCGGACGACCGCGAUGACCUCGGCUGCGCCGGCUCCGUGAACCAGCAGAGUCUCGCCCACAACCGCCUCCUCCAGGCCAGCCUCCGCCGGCUCCGCCGAGACCACCCGGGCGCCAUCAUCGCCUACGCCGACUACUACGCCGCGCACGCCGCCGUCAUGAAGAGCCCGGCGCAGUACGGCUUCGCGGAGCCAUUCAAGGCCUGCUGCGGCAGCGGCGGCGGCGACUACAACUUCGACGUCUUCUCCACUUGCGGCUCCCCGGAGGUGCCGACGGCGUGCGCCCAGCCGGCCCGGUACGUCAACUGGGACGGGGUCCACAUGACGGAGGCCAUGUACAAGGUCGUCGCCGGCAUGUUCUUCCAAGACAACGCCGGGAAGUACUUCCGGCCGGCGUUCGGCUCCUUGCUGGCCAGGAAAGGCCACGGCAACUGACCAUCGCCUAUUUCACAAUAAGCAGGCAGCAGCAGCAGUGAACUGGAGUACGACCAUGGGCGUUUCCUAUUCUCCGCUCGCUGCGAUCCCUACGAUCGCUCCCGCCUGAAGCCAGUCGUUGCUGGGCUAGGCCCAUUUAACAAGGACAGUCAUUGUUUCAUUCGUGCGUACGCGUGGUUUUUUGGCUGAGGAUUCUCUGACCCGGUUUUCUUUGGUUUUUCGCGGUUUUAAAGUUUUAAAGUUUCCAGACAGUUUUUCAGUUUAAUAUGGUUUAUCUGUUUGUUGUUUGCGGUUGGUUUCCUUCUUCGUUUUUCUUCCCUUUUUUCCUUUUUAUUUUCAUUCUUUUCAUUUCAUGUUUUCAUCUACGUUUUUCUUUUUUACAGUAAUUAUUAUUAUUAUUUUCAAAUUAUGAAAAAUGUACAUUUUAAAAAAAUGUUCAAUUCUGGAAAAUAUUUAGUCCUGAAAAAGUUUAAUUAUGAAAAAGUUUAAUUUCCAAAAAAGUUCAGAUUUUAAAAACAUUGAAUUUUGAAAAUUGUUCGGCAUUUAAAAAAUGUUCGAUUAGGAAAAUGUUCUAGUUUAAAAAUGUUCGAUUUUGAAAAAUGUUCGUGUUUGAAAAAUGUUCGAUUAGGAAAAUGUUCUGGUUUAAAAAAUGUUCGAUUUUGAAAACUAUUUGAUUUCUGGAAAUUACUCAGAUUAUGAAAAAUGUUCAUUUUAAAAAAUGUUCAACUAUGGAAAAUGUUUAGUCCUGAAAAAGUUUAAUUAUGAAAAAGUUGAAUUUCCAAAAAAGUUCAGAUUUUAAAAAUAUUGAAUUUUGAAAAAUGUUCGGCAUUUGAAAAAUGUUCGAUUAGGAAAAUGCUCUAGUUUAAAAAAUGUUCAAUUUUGAAAAAUGUUCGUGUUUGAAAAAUGUUCGAUUAGGAAAAUGUUUUGGUUUAAAAAAUGUUCGAUUUUGAAAACUGUUUGAUUUUUGGAAACUACUCAGAUUAUGAUAAAUGCUCGAUGUUGGAAAAUGUUUGAUUUUUAGAAAUUCCACUUAUUUUGAGAAAUGUUCGUAUUUGGAAAAUGUUCGGGUUUAAAAAAAGUUCGAUUUCAAAAACUAUUUGAUUUUCGAAAUUUGCUCAGAUAUUGAAAAAAACAAACAGAAAAUAGAGAAUCCUAAAUUGUUCGAAAAAUGUUUCUUAAAAAGAAAAUUCUGUUUUGCCGCAGGCGAAAAGAACGAUGGGACUGUUGAAUGAAACAAUAGAACUAUGGAGGAAAUAAUCUGGACUCACGCGCGCACGUGAGAAGGCGACACACAUCUUGAUACCCAGUUAUGGGCCGAGCCCAUUGCUUCCGUAGUGUACGCGGAGCCGAAUGGAAGCUCCGCUUAGAGCGGCGAAUAGGGACACCCACGACCAUGUCACGCACUCCAUAAUGAUGGGCUACGAUGGGCCUCGGAGGAAUGGGCUUUUAACUAGGCAUGCACUCCAUAGUGGACGGUACUCUGCCAAGUUUAUUGGGCCAGUGGGCCCAACUGAGACACACCUCUCUUUUUUUCUGAACAUGGGAAGAACCUAGAUGCAUUCAUUUUGUAUUAUAUGUGGAGUUACAAUUUA